AUGGCCUCUCUCCACACGACGGCAGCGUAUCUAAUCCUCUGUGACGGCAUCUCAGCUAUUGUCAUCGAAAAAGACUACGGUACUGGCUUGAUCCGACAUUCAGAUACAUUCAUCGCCGCUACAAAUCAUGACGAGCUACUCCAUCAUCCUCAGUCGGCAAUAGCAACCCCUGCCGCGAAAGCAGCCACUGACUCUCGCUCCCACAAAGCAAUUGAGCUGGAAGAACUUCUUGAAGAGAGCAAAGACCGCCUUGAUUGCAUUUCUUCAAAGUGGAGAUCCCGUGUGCGGAGGACCAAAGGGCAGUUCAAACAUACACACAGACUGAAUACUGAGGAAGCUGAGAGGAUCACCAGCAUAACACAAUCAGAAGUGGUUGAGUGGGUUUCAAUGUCCCCUACGACCAACGAGCAGACGCACAGUGCUAGCAUCCUGGAUCCUAAAAGGGGCCAGGUCAUUUGGACAGGCGUCUAUCUUGGUCCAUUAAUAAACAGCGACGACUGA